CUGUUUGAACCACCAUUUUGCUAUGCAGAUAUAUGUCUCGAUCCCAGAUUCAGUCCUUGCUCAGUCUUGUGAGGGUUAAAUCUGACUGGAACAGGUUUAUUCUGACUGAAAAGAAGAAGUUCAGUGACAACUACCCAAUGAACUCGACAACCGUACUUUAGUCGGUGAUUGAAAUGGCAAAGACGGUCUCGUUAAAAUUGUUGGUGUAUGAGAAAACAUAUUUCAAUUUUUUUCAAUCGCUUCUGAGAAUCCAUCAUACAUUUUUGCACUUGUAUGAACAUCACGUUACAUAAUGUGUGGGCGACAUAUUGACCUGGCAACGUCAUUCCGCAUGACCUACGCAACUUAGACACGGAAAAUGACGGAACCUACGCAAGACUUUCCUGGGAUUGCAACAUUCCGUGCAAGAAAUGGUUAAAGCACCUUACUGACUAGUGGUUUGCAAUCAGUUCCGAUAAGGAAGUUCUGGAGCUAUGGCAGAGGGUCGAAAGUCGUUCAAAUUGGCCACAUUUAACGUACAUAGUUUCACUGACGCCAAUGGAAAACCUACCUUUGACAAGAUCCUUCAAUUUGUGGAGGAUCAUGGUGUGGAUAUAAUUUGUCUCCAAGAAGCGGGCAAAGUGCAAACGGAGCGACUCAUGGACAAUUUGAAACAUUUCUCCGCUAAUGGACUCGUGGCCUCCAAGAGAUGUUCAAUCGUCAGCAAAUACAAAUUAGAAGCUGUACCGAGGAAAUAUCUCGGUUCAAGAUCCUCAACCCGCUCUGUAACCGCUCGAGUUCUUUUGGAAGGUAAUCUGAGCUUCAUCUUGACUUGUGUUCAUUUGAACCACAUCAGUGAGGGCACCAGAUUGUCGGAGCUCAAUGAGAUUACUACCAAUCUCCAUGAUCUAUACUCCCAAUCCAUGACUGUGAUUGCGGGAGACUUCAACGCAUUGACCUUAGAAGAUUACUCCUCGGACGAGCUCAAUCAUAUCACCCAAGUUAGGGCCAACAAUCGAUGGGAGAGACCAAAGAGGGCUUUAACUGAUCGUAUGAAGCAACUUGGUUUCACAGACACAAAGACCAAGGUUACUGAAUUUUCGGGUAUCCUGUCCACGUGCCGAUUCAAAACUCGAGUGGACUACAUCUAUCUUAACAAGAAAUUUGACGACUUCUUCCGAAUUCACAACUUCACUCAACGUGAUGUCCAAGCCUCGGAUCAUAAUAUUGUGAUCUCGGAAGUGACGUACUAAUAG